UGUCCCUGGAUCCCGGGACCCUGGCAGUGGCGGGCUGCACAGGCUCCCUGGAAGGGGGUGUGGACAGUGACCUGUGCUCGCAUACAGGCUUGUUGGUGGCGGCAGCAGCAGCCUUAGCGUCUCAUGCCUGUCUCUGGGGUCCGCGCUUUUAGCCGCGGCUCGCGCCCUUCUCUGGAGCUCCUUUAAGCAGGCAGGUCCAGACUUUUUCCCGGACUCCCUCCCGGCUAGCCGUGGUGCACUAACCCCCUGCAGGCUGUGUUCACACUGCCAACCCCAGUCCUCUCCCUGCGCUGCGACCGAAGCCCGAGCCUCAGCUCCCAGCCCCGCCGCCCCAGCGGGUGAGCAGACAAGCCUCUCGGGCUGGUGUGCGAUCCUGUAAAAGUAAGCCUCUGAAGAUGAUCUGGUGUAUUUUAGUUGUAGGGUUUCUACUUCCCCAGUCUUUGGCUGAUCCAGGCUUUUUUACUUCAAUUGGUCAGAUGACUGAUUUGAUCCGUACUGAAAAAGAUCUGGUGACUUCCCUGAAAGACUAUAUUAAGGCAGAAGAGGACAAAUUAGAACAAAUAAAAAACCACCUUCUGGAGCAAUUUUCCACUGCUAUUUAUCCUUCAGUCCUAUGGUUCCAUUCUAGAGAUUACAGUGAUAAAUGGGCAGAGAAGUUAGAUCAGCUAACCAGCACAGCAACAAAAGAUCCAGAAGGAUUUGUUGGACACCCUGUAAAUGCAUUUAAGUUAAUGAAACGUCUGAACACUGAGUGGAGUGAGUUGGAGAAUCUGGUCCUUAAGGAUAUGUCGGAUGGUUUUAUCUCUAACCUAACCAUUCAGAGACAGUACUUCCCUAAUGAUGAAGAUCAGGUUGGGGCAGCCAAAGCUCUGUUGCGUCUCCAGGAUACCUACAAUUUGGAUACAGAUACCAUCUCAAAGGGUGAUCUUCCAGGAGUAAAACACAAAUCAUUUCUAACAGUUGAGGACUGUUUUGAGUUGGGCAAAGUGGCCUACACAGAAGCAGAUUAUUACCAUACAGAACUGUGGAUGGAACAAGCACUAAGGCAGCUGGAUGAAGGCGAGAUUUCUACAAUUGAUAAAGUCUCUGUUCUAGAUUAUUUGAGCUAUGCAGUGUACCAGCAGGGAGACCUGGAUAAAGCACUUUUGCUCACAAAGAAGCUUCUUGAACUAGAUCCUGAACAUCAGAGAGCUAAUGGUAACUUAAAAUAUUUUGAGUAUAUAAUGGCUAAAGAAAAAGAUGCCAAUAAGUCUGCUUCAGAUGACCAAUCUGAUCAGAAAACCACACCGAAGAAAAAAGGGGUUGCUGCGGAUUACCUGCCAGAGAGACAGAAGUACGAAAUGCUGUGCCGUGGGGAGGGUAUCAAAAUGACUCCUCGGAGACAGAAAAAACUCUUUUGCCGCUACCAUGAUGGAAACCGGAAUCCUAAAUUUAUUCUGGCUCCAGCCAAACAGGAGGAUGAGUGGGACAAGCCUCGUAUUAUUCGCUUCCAUGAUAUUAUUUCUGAUGCAGAAAUUGAAAUUGUUAAAGAUCUAGCAAAACCAAGGCUGAGGCGAGCCACCAUUUCAAACCCAAUAACAGGAGACUUGGAGACGGUACAUUACAGAAUUAGCAAAAGUGCCUGGCUCUCUGGCUAUGAAAACCCUGUGGUGUCUCGAAUUAAUAUGAGAAUACAAGAUCUCACAGGACUAGAUGUCUCCACAGCAGAGGAAUUACAGGUAGCUAAUUAUGGAGUUGGAGGACAGUAUGAACCCCAUUUUGAUUUUGCACGGAAAGAUGAGCCAGAUGCUUUCAAAGAGCUGGGGACAGGAAAUAGAAUUGCUACAUGGCUGUUUUAUAUGAGUGAUGUGUCAGCAGGAGGAGCCACUGUUUUUCCUGAAGUAGGAGCUAGUGUUUGGCCCAAAAAGGGAACUGCUGUUUUCUGGUAUAAUCUGUUUGCCAGUGGAGAAGGAGAUUAUAGUACACGGCAUGCAGCCUGUCCAGUGCUGGUUGGAAACAAAUGGGUAUCCAAUAAAUGGCUCCAUGAACGUGGACAGGAAUUUCGAAGACCAUGCACCUUGUCGGAAUUGGAAUGACAAACAGACUUCCCUUUCUCUCCUGUUGUACUCUGAUGUGUCUGAUAUACACAUUUCCCAGUCUUAACUUUGAAGAGUUUACAGUUGACUAACACUCCAUGAUUGAUUCAGUCAUGAACCUCAUCCUAUGUUUCAUCUGUGGACAAUCGCUAACUUUGUGGGGUUUUUUUUUUUCUUUUAAAAGUAACACUUAAAACACCACAUUUUACAUAUGAAACCUUAAAGUUCAGUUGGUAUCACAGAGGACAAAGCAAGGCAGGGUAAAAAAUGAGGAAUUUUUACAUUUAUGGUAUAUUUUAAAGAACUUUUUUUGGUUGGAUAAAAAAUAACAAUUUAGGCAUCUGAUUAUAGUAUUUCAGUACAUCUCAGUUGGUGGGUGGUAGGCUAGAAUGGUCCGUGUGAUUAAGGAACAGAUGCCGUAUAGUAUGGACCUAGGUAUUAUGUUUACCUAGUCUCAACAACUCCCUUCUGGAUCUGCCUGAAGACUAGGAAUAAAUUAGCCCUGUAAAGUGGGUUCCAUACAAUGUUUGCCCCUCCAUAUGCUAUUCUAAUUUGAUUUUUUUUCUCCCAAGUCAUUUUUAAAGUAUGCUUUAUUUUACCAAACCCCUUCUUUCAUAGCUCCUCUGUGGUGAAUUAAAUCUGAGUUACAAUACCUUGAUUAAAAAAAAAAAUGUUUAACAGAAGGUCCUACCUUAAAAGCUUGGGCCUUCUUAACUAAAAUGAUCAUGACUUAGUCUGUUUCUUGUUUUUCUUAAAUGACUGAUGAUUUUGUCCAAAAAAUUUUGCUGUUUUUCUUAGUGCUAAUUCCUUCCCUCUUAUUUCAGCUACCUACAGCAGGGGAUGAUGAUGUUGGCAUUCGGAUUAAAAAAAUAUCGUGCCUUAGGAGACUGGAAAUUUAAAUAUGUACAAGUCCUUUCAAUGAUGAGGGAAUUAAUAUAAAAGGAGUUUUUCCUAAAAAGCCAAAAUGUUUGUUUUUCAAUUCUGAAAUGUGUGUGACAACAGUGACCUAUUUAUGAUCUUAAAUCUUUUUUAAAUGUU